AUGUCCGAUAUCUUCACUUUGGCUUUGCAAGAGGUCCAGGACCAACAGCGAGACUCCUUGGCAGCGAUGGAUUUGCUGAGGCAACAGCACGUGGAAUGGCAGCAGUCUGUAACUGCCUUGUUGGGCCGUGUUGGACAAAUGUCAACGCCUCUCACCGAGAAGGCAGCGGUGCCAAGUGUGGUGCCUUCGAAAGCCACCGACGAGCCACGUGAGCCAGUCGUUUUGGCUUUGCCCCCAGCCGAGUGUGCAGCGGCCUCGGAGGCCACAAACGAGCCAGUCGUUUUGGCUUUGCCCGCGGCCGAGUGCGCCAGCCGGAGGUCGCAGGAACUUCGGAGGCUGCGGAGCCCGGACAGCGAUGCCAGCAUGAUGGACGCCAAUGACACGUCCCCAGCGGCCGAGAUGAGACGCACCUUGAGGCAAACCACCGACGGUCGCUUGCCCAAGCUCUUGGAAGAGGUCCUGACCGACCACCAGGGCAAAAGGAGGAUCAGGUUGACGGUUUGGCAGGAGAGACGUGAAACCUUAAAGAUGGUGGUCGACUCCACAGCCUUCGAAUACUUGACGGGGAUGUUGAUUCUGAUGAAUAUAGCACUCAUUGGUGUCGAGGCUGAGAUGGAUUUGUUGGGCAAGGACACCUGGUGGGCCGCUGACAUUGAGCGUAUUUUCUUGGGGCUCUACACAGUGGAGCUACUCAUUCGACUCACUGCAGGUGGACGAGAGGCCUUCCAUAAUUCCUGGUUUUUGCUGGACCUGUUUUUGGUUUGCGUGGGUUUGGUGGCCUUGGUGGUUGUGCCCUUGGUGGAGCAAGAGGCCAGCUCCCAGGAAGGCUGGAUGCAGCUUUUGAUUGUCAGAGGCCUCCGCUUGCUUCGUUUGGCCCGGGUCCUUCGGACGGUGAAGCGCUUCAAGGUGGUUUGGCGCCUCGUCAAUGGGCUGCUCUCCGUGUGGGACACUAUGGCCUCAACGACCAUCUUGAUCUUCUUGGCUCUUUACAUCUUCGGUUGUAUCGCUGUGGAGGUCAUUGCAAAUGACCCGGAUCUCAAAGCCUAUCCGGAGACGGCAGGGAUCGUGCGGAGGAGCUUCAGCAGUUUGCCCAAAGCAACGCUCACCUUGUUGCAGUUUGUCACCAUGGACGGGAUCGCCAACAUCUACUUUCCGCUGGUCAUGCAGAAACCCUUCCUGAUCAUCUAUUUCCUGCCCCUUUUGCUGUUCUUGUCAAUCGCGUUGAUGAACUUGGUCACUGCGGUUUUGGUGGAACAUGCGCUGGAGCAUGCCUCUCAAGAAGCGGAGCUUGCACGCAUCAGAACAAAAGAGCAGAUCAAGGCCACUUUGCCCGACUUGCUGGAGAUCUUUUCGGCCUUAGACCAGGAUGGGAGCGGCUACAUCACACGUGAAGAGGUGGCCAAUGUGCCUUUGCAUGUGCUGCCCGAGAAGGUCUAUGAGAAGGUCACUGUCGACAGCAUGGAAGACAUGUUCGAGCUUCUGGACGCAGAUGGUGGCGGUAGCUUGAGCUUAGCUGAGUUCUUGGAGGGCUUGUUCACAGUCUUGCUGCUGGAUAUGCCUGCCUGGGCCUUGCAGUUGCAGAAACUGUUGAUGCCUUUGAGGCGGCAGACCUACCAGAUUUCGAAGGAGUUGGAGGCAUUGCGAAGCGAAGCCACGCUGCCCACCGAGCGGGUGUGA